AAAGAAAUAAUUGAAAAAUUAACUCUGAACUGAAGUUGGCUUGAAUUAUUUCAGCUUUCAAUCUGCUAGAUGUUGAGAGGGACUAUCUACUGAAGCUGAUUUUCUAUCCACAAUGGCGUGUCCUUUGCGUGCGGCUGCCAGGUCAUUUGCUCUACCUUUCCAAGGAUGUAGCUCAUUGUCGGUGCUGCCCCGCCGGCUAUGCAGCUCCGCCGUGGAGGAGACCGUUACACCUGAGAUUGUAGAUGUGCGUGAUGUCACCACCUCUCCAGCAGGUGGUCUGAACGUGCCAACAGGGGAGCAGUUCACCAAGCAGAUCCAGCCUGCACUGCAGGAGCUGCAGAUUCCGGAAGAGCACAGUACGAAGCUGCGCCGAGCGCUGACAGACCGCACCUUCAAUGAGGCUAUCUUCCUUUCGCGGCGCAAGGCCGGCAAUCGCAAAGAGGUUCUGGAGGCUGACUUGCACAACGUUCGCUAUGCUACUCUCGGUGAGUUUUCACAAGAAUCAAAUAACAGUGUGUGCCCGGCGGCAGUUUAGCUCAGCUUCAAUUCCC